UUUUCUAUUUUUAGGCUGGGUUUUUAACAUCUGUUUCUAUUUUUGGUCUUCACUACUGUAUUAAUGUAAACAAACUGUGUUGGCAAAGCAUACUGUGUUGGCGAGACUUACUUUAAAAUACAUUUGAAAUUCUUUAGUGUGAAUUGAAAUGAUGUGAAGUGUGGAGUGACAACCUGUUUCAAGAGGAUUAUAGCCUUUUAUCCAGUAUUUCAGAUAAAUCUUAUCAGACAAAUACAUGUAGUAUAGAGUGCAUUGAGACAAUCACUUCUGGAAAAUAGCAUAAACAAGUGUUUGAAGGAGAAGUUGUGAAGAGGAAGUAAAGAGAAGUUGUUUAGUGGAGAUUGGAAGAAAACACUUGUAUAGUGAGAAUUACUUGAAUAAGGGAUAAAAUAAAGUUUUGUCAAAGGGACAUCAGGAGGGGAAGUUGUGAGUAUAUUUAAAGAGGGAAUAUUGUACAAGAGGUGUGGAAGUUGUUUGCCUUGGUGAGGUAGGAGUAGAGGCAAGAUGAGGAAGAUACGGCUUUCAGACACGGAUCUUGAACUGUUUGACAUAGAGAUUGGACCCACCGACUACCUGUUCUAUCAACGCCACAAAGAUGCCUUUAAAACAAUGUGGAGGGAACAGGGAAAACCAUUCUGGACUCGAUUUCAAAUUACAUUUCGGAGUUUUACAGUAAAGCAUGGAAUUAUAAAACAGAUGAAUAUUGACUCUCCCAAGUUUCAAAACCUAUUGGAUCAAGCUUUCAUUUUCAUACACGAGCAUUUUGUUGACGGUAAAGAAAGUACUGCCAAGAAUUUCAUAGACGAUGUGGCCAGGUUAGCCCAGAAUCAGGAUAAAUUUCCUGCAUUAGAUUCAAAAUCAUUUGCGAAAGAUCCUUUUUUUGCGAGAGACACUCGUGAACUUUUUAGAAAAUUUUUUGGUACUCCUGAUCAGAAGUCAUCAUACUUAAAGGUAUAUAUUUUGUGUCCAGUCUAUUUACGUUUUGGUGGUUCAGUAUGUAGAUGUUUGAUUCGCUGGAUGGAGGCCCCUACUAUGGACGAUCCAAAUGACGAUUCUUAUUGGGUGCCUCCGCAACCAAAUUUGACGGAUAAAUCUCGUGAAGAAUCUAUAGAGACUACAAUGUGUCCUAACUGUGUAGACGAUUGUGGAACAAAAUAUUUUAGUGAAAAGAUUAUGGGUAACAAAAAUGGACCCAUAUCGCUGGAUUUUUGGACGUUGGGUGAUCCUCGUUUUAAAGACGGAGAAAAUCCUCUUUUUGCUCCUCAUUUGAAUCCUGACGAUGACUGGAGGGAUUUACUCACUGUUGAAAUGUUUCGUGAUUUUUACAAUUUUGCAAAAUUCAAGUAUGGCACGCCGGAAGAUAAAUGUAAGGAGUGUCAACGCUUGAAAAAGAAACGCGAUAAAUUCAUUCAUGUGUGUAAAUUGAGCAAGAAAAAGAAGAAACAAGAGACGAAAGAUAAGGAAGAACUGAUUAAGGAUUUAAAGGAAGUUCGUACUAGAAUAGAUGAACUCGAAGAUGAAGAUAUAAAAGAUGAUUAUGAGACUCGUAUAAGGGACAUCAUAAAAGAUAAGCCUCGUGUUAGAGAAGCUUUGGAAGAGGCUGAGCGUAAGGAUAAGUUAGAAAAACUUCAUACAGAACAACUUAAAGCAGAUGAAAAGAAACAAAAAGCUAUAAAGAAAAGUAGUAGAAAGUCAAGCCCAGAAAAGAUGAUUUGUGACACAGAUAAAAAUGAUAAAGAUUCUGAAAAGAAUGAUGACGAAACUGAUACUGGUAAAGUCACAAAAAGGAAAAUGUCUGACAGUGAAAAUGAAAGUAAAGUUAAUGAACAUGAAAGUGACAGUGGAAUUUCCUCUACAGAAAGUUCAGCAGAAAAGGAACCGACAGAAGGAAAGAAUGACACUGAAACUGAAGACAGUGACAACAGUAAUACUGCUAAAGACAAGGAAAGUGAAAAUAAAAUAGACUCUGAUGGGCCAAAUGAAAAGGGUGAUGCACAUGAAAAUGAGCCAGACAUUGUUAAAAAAGAUCAGGGUGAUGUAGAAGAUGGUGACAAAUCAUCUAAAAAUGAUGUUUUUAUAAAUGAGACUGCAAAAUGUGACCAUUCACAUGUUAGUUUUCUAGGUGAGAAAGAGCAGCCUUCCAGUAAGAACUCUGUGUCUGGAUUUAAGGUGAUAAAGAUAGAAGAUUCUGACAAUGGUCUAUUUGAAGUGAAUGUCUCGGCAGCUUGUCUGAAGUCUGAUAAUGAAGAAGAGACUCAGAUCUUGAAAGAUAAACUUAAGACACAAGAACUGAAUAACUUCAUCCUAUCUGCUAAUCUGUUGAGGGAGAAGAUAUUUGGACUCCCUGAAAAACUCGAGUGGUGGGAAGGGCGUGGUUUCGCUGUUGCCGUGGUGAAUUAUGAGGAGGAAGAGAAAGAGUUUACAAAAAAAUGGACUCACUUUACACUGAAAAUUAACGGAUACGAUGAAAAUGCAAUAAAGCACACUUUGAUUCAAUUGUUGAUAUAUGUGUCCAAAAGGAAGCGGCGUAUUUGUUAUGGUUGGAAUAUAGAAGUAGAUGAUGUUGUAGCGUGUAUUUUACCCGAGGAGUCGCCUGCUAUUGAAGACCUCAGUAUAAGCAUCAGUCGAGGGUUUCGUUUUGAAGAUCGUUUAACAGAAUUUGAAAGAGAAUCUUUACUUAAACAUUAUCCUAAUUUAAAUCUUGACUUGGUAUUGGCUGGUAUUGAGAAAGGAGCUGCUGUUAAAACUUUUGAGAAGAAAAAUGGAAAAGAAAAACUGAGGAAAAUUAUAGAACAAAUUGCAGAGAAGGAGAUUCUUUCUAAAGACCUACCAGUUGUUGAUGUUGAAAAAUUGCGAAAAAAGUUAAACUACAAGGAAGAGAUAACCAAGGCUGAUAUUUUAUGGGAGCAACUUAUUCGCAAACCUGAAAACUUUGAGAUUUUUGUUCUUCUUGACAAAGAUACAGUUCCAGGAGAUGGUGAAUGGUGGAAUUUAGGGAUGAGAACAAUGGAUAUCCGAGUUUACAACAAUACUAAAAAUCCAGACAAGAAAAUAUGUCCCAUUUGUAAAACGUUUGGACUGGAAUGUGAUUGUGAAAAACCAAUCAAAAUAGAACCCAAAGUUGUUGAAUUUGUUGAAAGUUCUGAUUUUGAAAAAGUUAAAGUACUAGGCGAUGAGGAUGGUCCAACUCUUCCAAAAAUGAAAUACACAGAGACAAAUUUGAACAUGGAUAAAUCAAAGUCAGAAAAAUCGGAGAAAAAAAGGAGGCCAUCAAAAUCAGCUAGGAAGAAGGAGAAGAGAAUAGAGUUAUCAGACUUGCCAGCUAAAUUUUUAGAAGCCGGUUUAGAUGCAGAUAAAACUACAAUUACAAUACCCUCCAGAGAUGAAGAGCCAAUGAUGGGGAAAGUACCUAUACCUGUGUCAGAUAAAUUAGAAAGAUUAGCUCCAGUACCUGGUGUUCAGAGCAGCCUUAACUUUACAUUCCAAAAUGGUAAGAAGGAGCAGACAAUUACUGUGACACUGGGAGCAUAUAUGCCUGAAGAUAAAAUUAAUGAAAUACAAGAGAAAAAAGGUCUCCUUAAAAUCUUAGAGGAGGAGGAAAAGAGGAAGAAUUCUAAAGCUAUUGCACCAACAGAAAAGAAAGACAAAAAGAGGAAAGAAAAGUCAAAAUCGAAAUCUCCACAAAAGAGUACAUCACAAAAGGAAGAUUCUGAUAAUGAAACAAAGAAAGAAAAAACUGCUGAUAUAACCACAAGGUUUUUACAAGAGAUUUUUGCAGAUGAGCAGAAAUUAAGCAAAGUCACAAAGACCAUACAUCAACAUAUGGGAAUGUCCCACAAACGUCAAGAAGAAAAGAAAGAAAAGAAGGCUGUUCGUGCACAGAAGAAAAAGCAAAAUGCUGAAGGAUCAUCUGGUUGUACAUGUCCGCAUCAUGAUGAGAUCCAGAAACUGAAGCGCGCGGAGGAAGAAGAGCGGAGACGAGAAGAGGAGCAGAGACGAGAAGAGGAGCGGAAAAGAGAACGACUGAAUGAUAUCGCGGAACAGCUAAUGGAUGUCAUUGAUAACAAGAAAACAAGCAAAAAAUACAGAAUGAAUUAUAUGCCAAAAGGAGAAAAAGUUGAAGAAUCAAAAAAGUUAGACGAAACCAAGAAAUCGUCCCCUGAAACAAAAGAAAAUGAGUGUAUAUCUGGGAAUAAAAAGCAGAGUAAAAAUGGAGAGGCAAGAAAAUCUAAGGGAGUUAAUCCAGAAGUAGAGCGAGCUGAAGAAGAUAAACUUGCAGAUGAAACGAAUGAAGUUAAAGUUGUAAAUGGUAUUGAUAAAGCUGAAAGCAUUGAGGAUGGAACUGAAGUAAAUGGGGAUGUGAAAGAUGUAAGUUCGGAUGAGAGAGAAAGUAUACUAGCUGGAAAACUGAGAACCUGUGGUGGCUGCGAGAAAAUUGAACCAUCAAGAAAAGCUUUCAAGAAAUGUCAGAAAUGCAAAGAUGAAGGUGUUCUUGAAGUGAGAUACUAUUGUAGCAGGGACUGCCAAGUGGAGGAUUGGAAGAAGAAACAUAAAAUGGAACAUAGAGACGGUCUUCUUGGAUAAAUACCAGCACUGAAUUGACUCAUAAUAAUACUUCUAUUUUAAUCACUUUGUGACAAGAAAAAAUGUGUCUGUGGAACGUUUUUAUUAUUAAACUUAGAACAUUUUCCUCAUUAUUGAAUUGUACAAAAAUAAAGUUGAUCUUUGUGUGAUGUGAGUGUGAUUCUGUAUAAAAAAAAGGAAACUGUCAUGCUGAAGAAUUUAUGUUUACAAUUAGAUGAUUUAUUUGCAUCAUUAUUUUAGAAAAAAAUAUAUUUGUGUUUUGAUGCUUUAGUGCACGUUCUUACAGAAAUUGGUGUCAUGCACAGUUAGUCAUGGUUAAAUGAAAGCUAUGUCCUUCAACAAAAAAAAAAAAGUGUUGAAAUAAUGAUCCAGUAGAUGUGACAAAAGGAAAUGAAGUGAUCAUCUUGCAUAAACUGUUAUGGCCCUUGUUUAAACUUAUAGAGUUCUGUCCCUUAUUUAUACAUUUGAACUUAUGUUCCUUAUAUAAACAGGAGUUUUGACCUUUGUUAAAUCAAUGAUCUUAUCUUUACAUUUAUUGAUUAUAGUUUAGUGCAGUGCAUUCUUUAAAUGUUUUAAGAUAUAUUUGUCUUGUGUACUUAUACAGAGAAUAUUUUAUUUUUUUGUUAUACUGCAGAAAACAGAAUUACAAUAUUUUAGUUUAAAUGAUUUCUUUUUCUGCUCUUUCUCCAGUUUUAUGAUAUUUCAUCAGAAACUCACCAUGUACAGUAGAUUGUAGAUAAGCAGUCUGGUGACAGGAUUCAAUUCAUAUUGUUUACGAUUAUAUACCAGUUGAUAACAUUUUUUCAGAUUUUAUAUUUUUUUAAUCCGUAAUCUUUAAAUUUUAGAAUACAAGCAAAAUGUGCAUGUUGAGUAGAUAGCUCACAUUAUUUUAUAGCAUGCUUUUAAAGCUGUGCAGUGUUAUAAUGGUUUGGGUAAAA